AUGGAAAAUGAUACUAUCGAGCAAACAGAAGUAAGCGAUAUUCUUACAUUGCAGUGGAAUGGUACUUCAUGUAUAAAUGUUGUGAGCGAGGUUUACUUACGAUUUAUUACUAAUUCAAAAGGUAAAAUAGGAAAAGUUCAAGCAAGCUUUGUCUAUGUGAACCUAUCACGUUUCGAUGAUCAACGACAAUACUAUAUUCAUGUCAGUUUUGAGGAUAAUUCCACGUCAGCGAUAGAGACUACUGGAUAUCGUAUAGGUCAAAUAAUAGAAACAUCGGCGGGAACAUUAAUUGUACCUAAAAAUGGUGAAUGUAACGUAGAAAAUAUAAAAACUAUCAAAUUUGGUUUUGAUGUCAUAUCUGGCUGCAUAAUCAGAUCAUCGAUAUGUAAUCAACUUCGCUCAGAAAUUCGAAACAUUUUCGAAUAUUUCGAAUUCUCGAAUUUUUUAACGAUUCCACAAAAUAUUAAUUCUACGAAAGUUGCUGCUGUUUUUCAAAAUAAGAAUUUGUUUCAUUUAGUUGAUUACGAUGAAUGUGCUAUUGUUACCACUGUUGCCAUAAUCAUUGAAUAUGCCAGAACUGGUGAUAUAUCGAAUUAUUCAUAUCGUCUAACUUCUGUGAAUUAUGUUUAUGGAGAAGCAAUAUCGGUCGAACAUCUCCGAAAUUCGUCAAUUCCUAUCAAAUUUUUUGUUAAAUUUUUUGAAAUGGCUACGAAACCAUAUCAUAUUUAUAAACCUAUACCAAAAAUUGAUUUUUCAUUACCUUUGAGAAACUCAAAAGAAUGGAAGCAGGCCGGUAUACAACCUUUGUAUUCGCCUUUUGUAUCAACUUGGCUGAGAAUUCAGCAGUUACGAGGUUACAAGAAUUAUUUCAUAAUAUCGGCAUGUUUUUUGGAAAAUUUAGCUUAA